AACUCAGAGGAAGAACAUCUUCCAAGUUACCACAUUUUCUUCUCCAAAGAAACAAGAACAAGAAUCUUGGUCAUCGUAAAAUUUCUAAUCUUACCCAGAAUGAGGCGUACAAGGCACGUGGUCUUACCCGUGCGGUCCUGGCAGUACAUUGGUUUACUGCUGGUAUCACUGGCAUGUGUCACUUUUGGUUUAGUAGCAAGGGAUAGAGAAGGGCAAGCCGGAAGCUUGACCGGUCCUGAACUCCUUCAUCGUGCUCCUCAUGGCGUGGACGUUUGCCCAAAUUUGAAUCCCUUCGCGAAAUCCUCGGUCUCUCUUGAUCUUCCAGAAAAACAAAAUUUCGACUUGGAAACUAAUGAAGGGAAGUAUGACAAAUCGGAUGUCGUUCGAAUCGAUAAAAGAUCGACAGAAUUGGAUAUCAACAAAAAUGAACUUUCUGAAAAAAGACACAGAACGAUAAACGAACGACGAAUUUCGGAACGUUCUUCCAAUCCAAUGAAAAAAUUCUCGCGUUCUUUGGAUCGAAUGAACUCAAAAAUCGACAACGUUAGAUUAUUUUAUCGAAAUUCACCUAAUUCAGAAAUAAUUGGAAAUCUUAUCAAUCGUAGAAGGUAUUCAUCGAGAAGAUACUCCAACGAUAGAUCUCGAUCCACAGAACGUCACGAGGAACAUGGAAGCGAACCAAAGACUGAACAAAGAAAUUUUGAAAAUCGUGAAUUAAAAGAACGAAGACAUCGAUUUGGAAAAGACACACGUAGAAUGGUUGAUUCUCAAAGUAUCAAAAGAAAAGAAACUAGAGGACAAAUUCGAGAAAAAAGGGAAGUAAGGACAAUGAGAGAAAAUCGAAAUAAUAUUCGAGAAGAAAUUCAAGAUCGAAGAUCGAAAUCUGUAGAACGACGAGAAUUCAAAAUUGAAGAUUCAGAAAGACAAUUAAUGAAAGUACGACGCACUAACGAACAUAGAAAUUCUCGAAUCAAUAUUUCGAAUCGACAAUCGAAACUUGGAAAAGAACUUGAAACUCUUAAGCGUGGACGUCAAUUAAAUGUAGAUGUAGAACGCAGAAAUUUCCGACUAGAUACUUUAAAUCGUGAACGACGAAUGAGCGAAAAUACAGAACGUAGAAAUUCUCAACUUGAUACUUUAAAUCGCCAACGUAGAUCAAGCCUAAGCACAGAGCGUAGAGAUUCUCGACUCGAUACUUUAAAUCGCGAACGACGAUUGAGCGUAGAUGUAGAACGUAGAAGUUCUCGACUAGAUAAUCUUAAUCGCCAACGUAGAUCAAACUUAAGCACAGAGCGUAGAGAUUCUCGACUCGAUACUUUAAAUCGCGAACGACGAUUGAGCGUAGAUGUAGAACGUAGAAGUUCUCGACUAGAUAAUCUUAAUCGCCAACGUAAAUCAAACUUAAGCACAGAACGUAGAAAUUCUCGACUAGAUACUUCAAAACGCGAACGUCGAUUAAGCGUAGAUACAGAACGUAGAAAUUUCCGACUUGAUACUUUAAAUCGCGAACGACGAUUAAGUGAAGAUGGAAAACGUAGAAAUUCUCGACUUGAUACUUCAAAUCGCGACCGUCAAUUGAGCGUAGACACAGAACGUAGAAAUUCUCGAUUAGAGAACCAUAAUCGCCAAUUUAGAUCAAGCUCAAAAACAGAACCUAGAAAUUCUCGACUUUAUACUGUUAACCGUGAACGCCAAUCUAAUGAAGACGUAGAACAUAGAAAUACCCGACUAGAUACUUUAAAUCGCCAACGUAGAUUAAACGAAGAUGCAGAACGUAAAAAUUCUCGACUUGAUAUUUCAAAUCGCGAACGUCGAUUGAGUGUAAAUAUAGUACGUAGAAAUUCACGACUUGAUACUACUAAUCAUGAACGUCGAUUGUCAAGCAUGGCCGAUCGAACGAGCACUCGAAUAACCCGUGAAAAUCGACGUGACUCUGAAUCAUUUAAUUUAAACUCUUUAAGAACCAAAUCUACCUCUCAACAAGAUAUUCGACGAGAAAAUAUUCGAUCUCAAAUUAGAAACAUGAAAUUUAACUUAAUUGAACAAAAGCAAUCUGGAAAUAGGCUAGAAGAUCAACGAUUCGGACGAAGAAUGCUUGAUCUCGAAGAUCGCAAAUCCUUCGAUCGUCGUUCUCGUUCUGUCGAACAACGAAAUAUAAAUGCAUUAAAUCGUGAUAGCACAUACCUUGGCUUAAGACGUAGAUUUUCAGUUGUUAGAAAUUCCGAACAUAGAAAUCACCGUGAUGAUAUUAAACGUGAUCUUAUUAACCGUUUAUCGCGAUCUCUAUUCACUGAAAAGGAUUCACGAGGAGAAACUGUACAUUUUAAAGCUGAUAGAUCGUCAGAAUCUCUAGAUCGAUACAAACAACGGAAAAUCUUUUCAAACCGCGAAUUUAUACGAACACCGAAACAAAAUCGUCAUGAGUUUACCGCGUUAAAGCGUAUAAUUCAGUCCCUCAAUGCUAAAAAUCUUCGAAAUACUCUUCAUACUGCACGUAACUCUUUUGAUUCAUCUCUACAAUUAGAUCAUACUAGAAUCGAACGCAAUAAUUUGUCUAACGAACGAUUGAAUGAAAGAUCUACGCGAGGACAAAUUGAUGACGAAAUUUCACUUCCGCAAAAAAGGUUGACUCGAAACAGACAACAUCGCAUUGCAAGAAUAUUUACACCUGAAAUUUCAAAUCGUAAAUCAUUUAUUAUCCGAAAAUUCCAUGUUUCCAAACGAGCAGAAAGAUUGAGUCGUUCACUCGAUAAUAUUAAUCGAUUGAAUUCCAACGAAAGACGCGACUCGACCGAAAAUAGACGCUUUAGAACUAACAACGAUCAUAGUUUGUCGACCGAACGACGAGAUAUUCAACAACAACGAGAAAACCUUCCACGAACUUCCAUUUCGGUUCUUACUAAUAACUCUAAAGAACAACGACGUUUAAAUACAAGAAUUCAAGAAAGAAAUAAUGAAAGAGUCGAAAGAAUGAUGAAUAAGAAACUUAGAUCCAGUGAUUCACGCUUAAUCGGUAAAGGAGAACGUUUAAUGGUAUUACGAUCCCGAGAUCAUCAUAGAGAUAUUCGAUUGAAUUUGAAAAAAGGACAUAAUGAUUUACCAAUUCGGUAUAUUGAUUCACUUACUCGACGAGAAAAUUCCAAUUCGAAAAUCUUCAAUGAAUUCAGGAGUGAAGAAUAUGGAGGAAAAAUAGGGAUGAUAUCGAACUUGCUGAAAACAAACGUUCUCUUGGACUAUAAUGUGUCUUUCGGAAUAAUACGACAACUUUUCUUGAUCAUCAUUUGUAUCUUAUAUGGAUCAUCGAUGACCAAAAAUAACAAACUUUUUACGGGUAAUCUGAUGGAACGUAUUACUAAAUUAGUAUUACGGUGAAUAAUUCCACAUUGAUACGUCGAUUAGUAACAAUGCUACUUCUAUGAACCUGCUCGUCGUUGUUGUAAUAUACCUACACAAUUAUUAAUUAUUAUAUAAUAGAAUAUAUCUGCAAAUAUUUGUCUAUGCAAUUGAUGUAGAACACAUAGAAAUAACAAAGUAAUAUAUAUGUAAAAAAGUAUAUUUUUUUGUGAGAAUAAAAUGUUCAAACGAAACUAAUACGUGUGUCAUUCAUAAAAUUUAUUCCUAAAAGUUUUACAAGUAUUCAUAAAUACACGCAUACCAAAUAGGAAAUGUAAAAUAGAACUCAGUCAGCCUAACAAUUUCGAAACGAUCGAAAAUGUUUAUCUUCAUAAUUAUUAAAUAUUGUUUAA